AUGAAUCCGUUGUCGCGGAUUGUGGUUACGGAGAGCUGGAUCGUGAAGACUGGUCCGUAUUGGAUAAAUGUGGCCGGGCAGGAGGACACGGCUUUGGUGGCGUUCAAGAGUGACACUCACGACGUCAGCCAGGAGGCAUUUGAGACGGUGCAGUACGUGAACAUUGCCGUCAAGUCGACGCGACCCGGGAUUCGAGAGUUCAACAUCCGGAUCAACGCGCUGGACUUUAAGGAUCUGCAGGAUCGUAUCAACCGGCCAAUCACGAUCCUGUCCAGCGUCAAGUUCCACCGGACCGUGCUGGAUCGGUUCGUGGACGUGUUCAAGGAGCAGGUCGGCCAGAAUCCACGCUAUCGCGGUGCGGAGGCCGUUGAUCAGCAGGACAGUUGCUUCGCUUGCAUGCAGGUUCAGCCGAACGUGAAGAUCGUCAAGAACUGCGCCGAUCUGAACGAGAACGGAGAACCGUUGGCGGAGGCGCGCUGCUGUCAACCGUGCAACUGUCGGCCAAUGUGGUGCAUCGACUGCGUGGCCAGGUGGUUCGCCUCGCGCCAGAACCAGUCCGAGCGGGAGUCGUGGCUGCAGCAAAAGUGCACCUGUCCGAUGUGCCGGGCGCGGUUCUGCGUGCUGGACGUGUGCUUCAUCGAGGCGGCGCGGUGA